UGAAGAAUGAAGCCAACCAUAGCUGCAGAUGAGAUGUUUCCAGAGGGUGUGGGACCUUACAUGGAUUUAGAAGAGGCAGGAGGACCAUCAAAUUUGUUAAUGGAUUUAGCAGCCAAUGAAAAAGCUGUUCAUGCAGACUUUUUUAAUGAUUUCGAAGAUCUAUUUGAUGAUGACGACUUGAAAUAAAGGCAGAUACAGGAGUUUAUGUACUUACCAUUAAUGAAAUAUAUCUAAAUUAUUACAUUUUUCAAAUUUCAAAA